AUGAAUGUGGAAAGCAGUGCCGAAUUAGAACGUCGUUUGUCAGUUUUAGCAAGAAGAAAUUCAUUCAAGUAUGAAUCAGAACCGAUUGUCGAUUACGCAAAUUUUGCAAUAAAAACGCUGGGUGUUAGCAAUGGAACAGCAAUUCUUGAAGGAAAUACCUUAAAUCAAUCUGUGGAAAUAAUCUACUGUGAAUUUAAUAUAAAUUUUGGUGUUAAAACAGCAUCUGAAGGAUUAGCAACCUGGAAGAGAGAAGCAGAAGCUGUGUUUAAUUCCAGAAAGUCCGGAAGUGCCAUAGAAAUCUUCAAAACAUUAGGCGAGAGAACGGUUCACCUCAUGACCGAGAUGACUGCCUCAUCGUUGGACGAGAUCCUAUUUCUUGUUCCCUUUGCUCAAGAAAUACCCAAUACAUUGGGAACAAGGUGCAAAGUGGCCCGAAAAUUUUGAUUAAAAUAGAUUUACAAUUCAGUGAAAAAAAAUUAAAAUGUUUUAUCCGUACAAACGUGUAAAGAUAAAAAGUAAUAGAGGCGAACUUUAAAGAACAUUUCAUUUUAUAGAUGAGCAUGUGCUAGUAAUUGUGAUUAUGUUUGAAUAAAUACAAGUAUUUGGAGGACGUGGAUGCAUAUUAUAAAAGGAUUGUCAUAAAU